AAUGUCUUGUAAAUAACAAAAUAAAUUGGCAUAUCCGCCAUUAAAUCAAUCGGUCAAUGUAGACAAUGAUAGGGUCAUAGCAUUAUUCGUUCCUGAAUGGCAGGGGGCCCGCACGAGCGCUGGGGCAACCAGCUGGAAUAUUUAUUGUCAUGUCUGGGUUACGCGGUCGGUAUCGGAAACAUUUGGAGGUUUCCAUACCUGUGCUAUAGGAACGGAGGUGGAGCUUUCUUGAUCCCGUAUUUUCUGACACUCUUGAUAUGCGGGAUUCCGCUGGUUUAUUUGGAGACACUACUGGGACAGUUUGCGAGUGCGGGAUGCAUAUCGGUGUUCAAUAUAAAUCCGUUGUUCAAAGGAGCAGGAUACGCGACGGUUAUUUUAAACACAGUGGCCGUCAUAUACUUCUCGUCAAUUAUGUCAUACCCGCUGCUCUACAUAUACCAUUCCUUCAGCACGCCGUUGCCUUGGCAAACUUGCGGCAAUUCAUGGAAUACUGAGAAUUGCGCCGAGAUUACAGGAAACUUCAGUUCGUUAUCAAACGGGUCUAUCACUACGCCUGAGGAUGAAUUCUUUCAUAUAAGACUGCUGCACAUGUCACCAGGCCUGAAUCAAAUUGGCGGUAUAGUGUGGCCAGUAUUCUGGUGCAAUGUUAUUUGCUGGAUCAUUGUCUACCUUUGCAUCUGUAAUGGAGUAAAGAGCGUCGGCAAGAUUGUAUACUUUACUGUGCUGUUUCCCUAUGUGGUCCUUUUCGCUAUGUUCAUACGCGGAGUAACCUUACCCGGAGCCUGGCAAGGCAUAUUGUACUAUGUCUUGCCUGAUUGGAAUCAGUUGACAAAACCUAAGGUUUGGGCUGAUGCAGCUACCCAGAUAUUUUACUCCUUGGGUCCAGGGUGGGGUGGACUGGUCAGCAUGGCCAGUUUCAACAGAUUUCAUUACAACAAUUUGCGCUCAUCCAUAAUAAUACCUCUAGUAAACAGCGGUACAAGUAUAUGGGCUGGUUUUGUGGUGUUCUCUGUGCUCGGCUUCGCAGCAGAGCGGGCGGGCGUGCCGGUGGGACAGGUGGCCAGGGCUGGCCCAGGACUGGCCUUCGUCACCUAUCCAGCGGCUGUGUCUAUGAUGCCCGCGCCUAACUUCUGGGCUAUCACUUUCUUUGUCAUGCUAUUCUUUCUAGGUAUCGACACCAUGUUUGUGACGAUAGAAUCUGUAAUCGCCGGGCUUUUAGACGAGUUUUCAUGUCUGCGUGUUCGCAAGAAACUGGUCACUCUAUUGACGUGCUUCGUACUCUUUUCACUCUCAAUUAUCUGCAAUACUGAGGGCGGAUUACACAUUGUUGGGCUGCUAGAUGCCCACGUGGCCAUAGCAUGUGUGCCCGUAGUAUGUGGCUUGGAGCUUAUAGGCGCAGUGUACACAUACGGGCCGAAGAGACUGAGCCGGGAUGUGUUGUUCAUGACGGGCCAGCCCUUGAAGCGAUGCUGGUUCACAUUGUGGCGGUAUAUCAUACCAGUAAUACUUUUUAGAAUACGAGCCAGCUGCAAACCAAACAAGGAGUGGGGGCCUGUGCAACCUGAAAUAAGAGAGCGCUGGAAAUCCUUAAAAUACCACGAUAAUUGUGACCUUGCUUCUCUUCAGCUUUCAACGUUACCUAUUACAUAAUAACUUACACUGUAGAACUGUUUUAAGCAUUAUCAAAACGUCAACAGUACGUCAUAAGCGCCGCCAGGACAUUUUUCAGGGAGUUGCUCCUUCAUGCUCCUUCAUACACACAUACGAAUACCUAUACAUACUACAUUUUAUAAGUAGAAUACUUACGUACAUAAUCAAUUUUCACACAGAAUGAGAAGA